AGAGAGAGAGAGAAUUUUGGAGGGAGAAAGAGAGAGGUGGUGGUGGGGGGGCUCACUUCGAUCACUUCUUUUUUAUGAUGCACGCAUCCAUGGCAGAAGAGGGAAAGAAAGCAACCUAGAAGAAGAGGAGGAAAAAGAGAGAGACAGAAAAGAGUUUGAGAGGAGUACAGGUUGCUAGUGCUGCUUCCCCUGCUUCUCCCUCUUUCACACAACCCAGCCGGACACACACAGCGCAUUACCAGAGAAGAGAGAAGAUAGGAGAGAUUAAAGGAGGUGAAAGAAGAAGAAUGAGUAAAGCUUAGCUUGCAGUUGUAGGUAGUCGCAUAUGUAGACGUAUACUGAGGAGGCAGAACAAAGUAGAGAUCUCUCCUUUGUCCAGCUUCUACUGUUUCGGCGCUCAAAAUCUUUGUUUUUUAUGCCCUUCCUCUCUCUCUUGAAGCGAAGUAAGUAGAGACUUUGAUCUGGCUUCUUGCAUUAGAUGAGGGGUUUGCCCUUUCAUGACCAGGGGAAGAGGGGUUUAGAGGCAGUGAAUACCAUAUUAGAAGGGAACCAAGCUCUCUUCUGGGUGAAUAAGAGGCCAAAGUUGAUAAUCCCAGAGGUUGUGGAGCCAAGAUCGGUACUUGAUCACAGAAGCCCGAGUUCUCCCACCUCCACAGCCACACUGUCUUCUUCUCUAGGAAGCGGCAGCUCCUGCGACACCGCCGUAGUGGCGGCGGUCUCCGGCAACUCCGCCAACAAAUGCUCCCUCUCCGACUCCCGCAGAGGUGCGGUCGGGAAGGAGGAGUGGGCGGCUGAGCUGCAGCCGGUACCAGCCGGUCUGGACAUGGGCUUCGUUGCAGGAGGUGAAAGGUGCGGACUUGGGGUCGAGGACUGGGAGGUGAUGCUCUCGGAGACUUCGGCGGCCUCCCAUGGCCGGGAGCAGACCUUUCUCCGGUGGAUCAUGGGCGAUGUCGAAGACCCCUCUGCGGCCGGGCUUAAGCAGCAACAGCUGCAACUGCUCCUCUCUCAGGGGCCAGUGGAUUUCCCUGGCAACAAUGGCAACUUGGGGUUUGGGAUUCUCGACCCGGGUAUUGGGCUUGAACCCAUUGGAAGGAUCCUGGAUGAUCCCUCCGUCUCGGCGUCCACCGGUAGUUCUUCCCCUUUAGCUUCUAAUGUUACUACUGGUGGCGGCUUUUCGCUCGGCAGCAGUGACAGUUGGGUGUCUCAGCCCUUGGCGAGCACCGGCGUCAAAGGGGCCAUCUCCGGUGACCAAGCCGGUAGUCAGCUCUUCUCUCCUCAGCCUCCGCCAGGCAGCACCUUCUCGCCGAUUCUCUCUCUACCGCCAGGUAUGUGCUUCCCGAACGCCAUGGAGGACAAGCCGCAGUUCUUUGGUCCAGAGCUUCUCGUGAACCAGCCAUUAGCCAACUCGAGCCCUCCUUUCUUGCUCAAUGUGGGGCAGCUGGAGCACCAGCAGCUGUCGCACCUCCUCGCCACCCAACCGAAGCGCCAUCGUCCGGUGGUCGACCAUGUUCCGCCAAAACUUCCCUUUCUGGAAUCUGGCGGGAGCUGGGACCUCUUCCUCCGGCAACAGCAGUCAUACCCGCAGCAGCAGCAGAGUCCGAGCUUUCUUCAGCAAAGGUCGGUGAGUCCGAAGGUGGCGGCUCUUGGGGAUGAUGCUACGGCAGCUAUGGCCACACCGCCGCCGCAGCAACAGCAGCUACAAAAGUCGGUUGUUGACCUGCUUUUCGAGACUGCAAAGAUGGUCGAGGCCUGCAAUUUCGUUGGCGCGCACGGGAUAUUGGCGCGGCUCAAUCACCAGCUCCCUUCGCCCCUGGGGAAGCCCCUUAUCCGCUCUGCUUUUUACUUCAAGGAGGCACUGCAGCUGAUCCUCUCGAACAGGUCGAACCCUGUCCUCCCUUCCACUCUGACAGCCCAACAUCAGCAGAGCCAGAUCUCGACUGCUCCCCUGUCGACUAAAUGGGACGUCGUGCACAAGCUCAGUGCUUACAAGGUUUUCUCUGAGGUCUCCCCCAUCAUCCAAUUCUCCAAUUUUACCUGCACUCAAGCCCUCCUAGAGGAGCUCGGUGGCUCUGACCGUAUUCACAUCAUCGACUUCGACAUUGGUUUUGGUGGCCAAUGGUCCUCCUUCAUGCAGGAGCUGGCCCUGCGGCGCUGCUCAGCGGCAGGUCCAGUGCGGUUGCUCAAAAUUACAGCUUUUGUGCCUUAUCGCUCCCAGAACAACCUUGAUCUCUGCCUCGUCCGGGAUAACCUCUCCCAUUUUGCAAGCAACGUCAACAUCCCCCUUGAGUUUAGUGUCCAUAGCCUUGAUUCGUUUGACCCCUUGAAGCUCCUUGGUGCCGGAGGUGAAGCCAUCGCUGUAAACCUCCCUGUAGGUUCUGUGAACCUUUCAUUCACAGCUCUCCUCCGUGUUGUAAGGCAGCUGUCCCCGAGGAUCGUGGUCUCAGUUGACCAAGGUUGCAAUCGGAGUGACCUACCAUUCUUGCAGCACUUCAUCCAUGCUUUUCAGUCCUCCAUGGCACUUAUGGAGUCCAUUGAUGCGUGUGGGAUCAACCAAGAUACGGCUAGCAAGAUUGAGAGAUUUCUGUUACAACCAAGAAUUGAGAGUUCUGUUCUUGGGCGGCACCGUGCAGCUGACAAGAUGCUUCCCUGGCGAAUGCACUAUACAACAACAGGAUUUGUCCCCAUGCAGUUCAGCGAUUUUACAGAGACGCAGGCAGAAUGCCUUCUCAAGAGGGUGCAGGUCAGAGGAUUUCAUGUGGAGAAGUGCCAGGCGUCGCUUUGUCUUUACUGGCAGCACAAGGAGCUCGUCUCUGUAUCAGCUUGGAGGUGCUGAAGAACUACCUUCUUACAGGCAUUGACAUCCAUGCUCGAACGUCUGCACAUGGUGUACGCGGUCCAGUAGAUGACAGAGGCUGCUGGGUGGUGACCUGCCACUCACUGAUGUGGGUCCAAAGCCCAUGUUUCCAUGCAUGAAUGGCAGGUACAAUCUUGCUCUUGAUGUAAUGAUUCAUUGCAUGCAGGGCUAACACCAGACAAAAUCGUCUAAUCACGGUUCAUCAGACUAAAUUAAUGUUUUCCUUGUUGAUCCAUCACAUGUUCACUGUAUCCUUCCACAUGAUACUCAAGGUAUAGCUACCUUUUUUUAUGAACUCCUGUCCUUCAGCUAUGCCCUUCAUCACUUUGUUUAUUUCCUCAGUUCCUCCAUUAGUUGAAAAGCAGGUUUACUUUCGGUUUA